AACUUUCAAUUUAAAUAACAGGAACCAUGCAUAAGUGUAAGUAAAACAUUCCGGCUUGUUGAUGGUCGAAUCAGUUUAUACUACCGUAGCAGGCAUCUAAUACGGACCUUACGAAACUACGACGGCAAGGAAACGUCAAAAAAGCAACAUGUGUAAUGAGCAAAACAACGGACGCGAUCCAAUCAACCAAAAUUUCCGGAAAUUUUAGUCCAAAACUCAAUGGAUCGGUUCGGUCCUACCGGAAAAGUUUCGAAAAAACGGGUCCACCUUAUGAGGUGGACCACUUUUCCCGGUCGGACCGGUUGGGAUUUUGGUUGAAUGGAUCGCGCCCAACAACUCUGCACGUGCAUCACGCUGUUUUGUGCAUUUCUUUGCAGUCCCUGUAUAUUUACGCCUGAACUCGGGCGCGGCCCUUCUCUUCAGCUCCAACCCAAAAUCCCUUCUUUUAAGCAAUUGCUGGGCCCCUUGGAAUAAUCACGAAAAAAGUGAAAGGAUGUGAAGUCUAUUUUUCAGCGACGUUUUCAUGGACGAGGCUGUUGUCAGCUCGUAAGGUCCCUAAUAUGAAGUCUGGACGAAUGUCUGUUAAAAGCGAUUUCGUCUCUCCUAUUUACUGGGGAGCUUAAUCAAUGGACCUGUUGCAAUAAAUCGUCACAUGGUACAAAAUAGGGACGUUUUGAAGAGGGGGACCGUAAAACGCACACGACAUUGAACAGUUUUCUAUAUCAUUCGGAAGUUGGACGCGGUUCCCGAGAGUCCCCGUGGGUUUCUGAUUACUCAGUUUCUUGCAAUAAAGCUUUGGGUAAGAAUACCCUUUCAGAUAGGAGAUGGUCGGUAGCAUUUUAAGGUUAAAUUUGACCAGCAUUUUGUGCAGCGAGUUGUAGGGUCACGAUUGACCUCAAACUCGCAGGAUAUAAAACUAGAGAGCUCUGAGGUUUAUCUGCUGAAUUAAGAGAAAAACCUGUCGUACGAUUUUGAAAGUAUGUACAUUUUUGCGGAAAUUCGAUUUUAAAUAUAUGCCGAUAUCUCAAACGUGUUUAUACCUAAAAAAAUAAGUAACGACUGACCUUAAACUCGCCGGAUAUAAAACUAGAGAGCUCUGAGGUUUAUCUCUUGAAGUAAGGGAAAAAUCUGUGGUAGGAGUUUGAAAGUAUGUACAUUUUUGUGGAAAUGCGGUUUUAAAUAUAUGCCGAUAUCAAACGUGUUUAUACCUACAGAAAAUAAAUAACGAUUGACCUUAAACUCGCCGGAUAUAAAACUAGAGAGCACUGAGGUUUAUCUUUGAAGUAAGUGAAAAAUCUGAGGUAGGAGUUUAAAAGUAUGUACAUUUUUGUGGAAAUGCGGUUUUAAAUACAGCUAUUUCGAGAAAGGUUGUGGGAAAAAUUGUGCACGCGACAAUCCCGAAAGGUAAUAUGGGAUGCGAUCAAUUCACUGUUCCUGACACUCAAGCUGUCGAACCUACUUUUGUUACUUUCCUUUAGCAUUCGCAAACAUUUGAUAUCCAUGGCCUCUAGUGCCAUUCUCUCAAAUUUCUUUGAAGAACAGUGAACUCAAAACCACCCACAUUACCUUUCGGGAUUGUCGCGUGCACGUUUUCCGACAACCUCUCUCGAAAUAGCUCUAUAUGCCGAUCUCAAACGUGUUUAUACCUACAGAAAGUGAACAACGUUUUCUUAAAGUUCUUCUAUUCCUUAUUAACGACGUCAAAAAUCAUAGAAAUCGGAUAAAUCGUUCCCGCUGAAAAACGCGAUUCAAAAACAUAAGUAACUCGCAUAUAAGAAAAAAAAAUUAGUAGCCACAGGUUCCUGAGCAUUACUCAUAUCCUCUAAACCGACUCUAUUUUUUAGCAACUGGGAAAUAUUCAGUUGUUGUGAGUGGCAAAGGCAAGGCAAGUGUCGGCGACAGGGCGAAGAUGACAGUUUACGGAGUGCGAAGAAGAGGUAGGAAUUGAAAAUAAGCAGCGGAUGCUCUUGUUAUUAGGGAGUUUAAGAUCCAACGACGCGGACAAUGACGAGAACGUCAAAAAAACAAUAGGUAUUAUUAGCAAAACAACAUCUUUGCACGUGCACCAUGCUUUUUUUGUACAUUUCUCUGCCCGUUUUUGCACGACCACGACGUGAACAUGCCCAUUUUCGCGUUUUAUGUAGGACGUAAACAAGCAACGACGAAAUUUUAUUUCUCUUGCUGUACUUGGAUAUGGUGCCUAGGAAUUCAACACCAGGAGGGUUCGCCUACAUUUGACAAAGUGAGUGGGUAACAAUAAUUGCGAUAAAGACUGAUAGAACGCAAAUUCAUUUUUUAAGCGACGUUCUCGCUCAUUGCCGUCGCGUCGUUGGAUCUUAAAGUCUCUAUUAGCGGAGCUCUAGUGCGCGAUGCGCGCGCAACGGAGCCCCAUGGGUAAGAAAAUGUGGUAAUCUAAACCCAUCCGCGAAAAUUUGGUAAUCAAGUCACGAAUAGCCACCGGCGUCUUGUAAAGCAGAGGUAACUUAAGAGUCAAUAAAGACGAAAACGGAAAGCGGAAAUUGUUUCUGUAUUCGUGUUUUCUAAAGUAUUAAGCUUAGAUUAAUUGUCAUGCCCGCAAAUUUGGAAUAUAGAGCAAGAGAAAGACAGAGAAAAAAAGAAAGUAGGCGGCAGGCCAGCGAAACUCAACGAGGAAAGGAUCGACAGAGAUCGGGAGCGAGAGAUAAAAAGCAAAGGAGACUUUCCUUUUACGUCCCUGUGUUUCUUAAGCAAUCGGAAGUUGUCCCUGUACCAAAAUGUUCGCCACCCAAAGUAGUUGAACAAGAUCCUCGGCCUAUUUCUCUCACGCCCCAUAUUGCAAAGGUCAUGGAAGGGCUUACGCUGGAUUCCCUCUUGAAGCAAGUCUGUGACAAGCUCGACACCCACCAGUUUGCCCUGGCCGGGAAGUCCACAACUGACGCUCUUGUUUUCUUACUCCAAGUCAUCCUUGAGGCCCUUGACCAAGGUGACACUUAUGCACGCAUCUUCUUUACUGAUUUCAGUAAAGGUUUUGAUUUAGUCGAUCGCAAUAUUCUUGUCCAAGAAAUGGAGCUGCUGGGCGUGCAUGAGGCCACUAUCAGAUGGAUCGGCUCUUUAUUAACGGACCGUUCACAAAAAGAGUGCGAAUCGGUCAGGUUUAUUCGCAUCCAGUUACACCGAAUGGGGGAAUACCACAAGGAACAAAACUCGCGCCAUUGCUGUUCACCAUAUUAGUGAACAAUCUGUGUAGGGUCUGGAGAUAUAGGAUUAAAUACGUUGAUGACACCUCGGUAUUUGAAUCUAUUCCUCGAUGUUCGCCAAGCUACCUUCCAUUUAUCGCUGCAAAUAUUAACACCUACGCUUCCAUGCAUAACAUGCGGCUUAAUGCGAAAAAAUGUAAAGAUAUGGUUAUCAAUUGUUUGAAGUAUCAACCCACUGUUAUAACACCGAUUUAGCGUAAUGGUAUAGUCAUUGAUAGAGCAUCUAGUUAUAAACUCUUGGGGGUUAUUAUCUCUGAUGACCUCUCCUGAAACGAACAUUGUGACAGUAUCCAUAAAAAAGCUACUAAGCGAUUGUUUGUGCUGCGGACCCUCCAGAGAGUUGGACUGGGCACUAACGAUCUCGUAUUAGUCUACUGUAGUAUUGUUAGAUCCAUUGUUGAGUACGCCUCGCCAGUUUGGGCUGCGAUCCCGUUAUAUCUGGACGACUUAAUUGAGUCUGUACAGCGGAAAGCUCUCAAAAUAAUAUUUGGCCGGGUAGACUAUACGGAAGCCUUGGUCUUAGCCGGCCUGGAGACUCUUAGUGACAGGAGAGUAGGAGCUUGUAAGCGGUUUAUGGCUACUGCACGCUAAAUGCCCCUCCCCCCCCCCCCUUAAGAACAUCAUCCCCUCCCCUGCCGCUAUUGAGUCUGAUUACAGAAAAGGGUCCAACUUCCAAGACGCUAACAUGGUCAUACCAGAAGAAUUAAUGACUUUGAAUCUUAUAAAUUUCAGUGAAUGUAUGUUAAUGGUUAAUUGUAUGUGACAAUGACCUUCCCCAACAAUUCAGUUAUUGCUGCAAGUGGGUGAAAUAAACAGAAUAUCUAUCUAUCUAUCUCUUUUUUGUUGGAAGAACAACAUGAACAUUUUGUAGCGCGGUGACAAAAUGAGAAAUGCUAGCGGCUACUAAUACAAGGACAAAAUGAGCGGCAGUGGAAAAAAAGUGAACGAGAACACGUACGACAUUUCCUCCAUAAAAAAGUUUCUGGAAGUUUCACGUUGUAGUCGCGCAAAACAAUGGUAAAGAAAUGUACAAAAAGUGUGUGCUGCACGUGCAAAGUCAAUUUUUUGCUAAUUAGACCUAUUGUUGUUUUUUACCGUUCUCCGGCGUUGCCUUCGCCGCGUAGCAUUAGGGAACUUAAGAUAGACACGUUUUCCGGGCGACGGCAACUUCAACCGGACAUGACAUCAUCAUUUGUUAGAUAUUGCGCAUGCUCCUGCUCACCACCUUGCUGUCGUAGUCCCGUCGGCAACGUGAAACUGUUGUGUUUGGCGUUGUGGCGAAAACGUGAGUAUUUAACUUUCAUUUCAAUCAGGUUUGUUGCGUUUAGCAACCAAAAUUUUGCAGAUUAUCGUUCUUAAAUUGUCCUUGUUUUCUUUGAGGCACAUUUCAAGCUCGAUUUCCAAGCUCUGUUAUCUAAACUUACAUCUUUGAAUGUUUCUAUGUUUUCAUGUCACAGGGCAUCCUCGGAGACCCAGGGGCAGUCAGUCGGGUCGGGAGAAACGGCGGAACGAAAGUUUUCAAGUAAGGACGGAAGAGCCCCUGGGUACCGACUCUCACCGAACCAUUUCCAAAAAUUCAAACCGAUGCUGGUUCCUGAUUGGGCACAAAAAAUGCUUUGUAUUAUUGUGCCCAAUCGGCGAACAGUUUCUCCUGAGUUAUUUUUGUGUGUUCGUACACGACGGUUAUUGUCUCGCCACAUUUGCCCGGUUGGUUCACAAAGCUUGUGCGUGCAAGGGAAACUUUUACUUUCUACUUCCCUUACUUUCCAGAAACGAAGGAACUACCGAUGAGUCGAAAAAACGUUUGGGAUGCUAUCAGCAGGAGCAAUUGAAUUUGGCCCGAAUAUUCUGUUUUUCGCGGAUCACAAUGUAUCGUGAAUAAUAGGAAGUUUUAUGAUUCGGCGGAGGCAACGAGAAAGUCAAAUAAGCAAUAGCUAGAUAAGGCAAAACAACAACUUUGCACGUGCAUCACGCUUUUUUGUACAUUUCUUUGCCGUCAUCUGCACGACUGCCCGUUAAAAUGCCUAAUUUCACGUUUUGUGAAGGACGUAAACAAGCAAUGACAAAAUUCAUUCUCUUCAUGAACUUGGAUAUGGUUGAAAGAAAUUCAGCUCCAGAAGAGUUCGCUUGCAUUUGUCAAAGUAAGCGAGUCGGAAUAAUCACGAUAGAGACUGAACAAAAAUAUAAAUUCACUUUUCCGUGCGACAUUUCCGUCGUGGUAUCUUUUAAAUACUCUCUAUAAAUGUAUUUACGCAAGACGUGGCCGAUGCAAGCGUGAAUACCUGUUGUAAGCGGAGGCUUUUUUUUUUGGAAAAGCGUCUUUAGUUUUCGGGCAGACAGUAUUUUGAAAUCAUAUGGGAAAUCUAUAUCAAACUGAAAGUUUCCUGACUGCGUGCAUUUCUUUGGUGCAUGACCCCGACAAGCCGUGCAAUAGCCGUCGUGUACGAACACACGAAAAGAACUCAGAAGAUGUGCUCGCCGAUUGGGCACAAUAAUACAAAGCAUUUUUUGUGCCCAAUCAGGAGCCGCCAUCGGCUUGAACUUUUGGAAAUGGUCCGGUGAGAGUCGGUACCCAGGGGCUCUUCCGCCCUUACUUGAAAACUUUCGUCGCGCCUUUUCUCCCGACCCGACUGACUGCCCCUGGGUCUCCGAGGAUGGUCACAGGGUCAAGAUACAACUUGGCAAACAGCCAACCGUAAGUGAGCUUGACAUGGACAAAAUUCUCCCACGAGCCAAAUAAAAGUAUCCAGACAAAAAAUAUGAACUCCGAUAUUUUAAUUGUGUGUUUUUAGUUCACUCUUUUCGUUAGAGUAUCGUAUAAAUAAAACGCAUUGAAAAUUAUAUAGAAUAGUAAUACCAUGUACUAACGUGGGAAUACUGAAAUAAUGUUGUUGUUGUUGCAUGCAAGUAUUUCCCGGGAAUUAUUUCAAUACCAAACUAAGAAUACAGUUCCUUGGUAGCAUUUUAAUGUUCUUGGAAUUUGCAAGGCUUCGGCAAGCCUGUGGAGAUUUUUUUUUUUUUUCAACACGAAAUUCUGCCUUGCACUCAGCUUCAUCCCGCAUGUUUUUUUAGCGUGAACGGAUCGUAACUGUCCCGACUCAUAAUUUUCCCACAAAACGAGAAACUCUUUAUCCGAUACAUGUUGUCUGCAUAGCAAAUAUUUAUUCUCUUAAUUCUUUAUGUGAAGCCAUAUUUUCCUCUUCGGUAUUCUUCUAAGGCGCCGUCCUCCUGAGUUCACUGCGAUCUUAAUGUUCGAAUGUUGACCGGAAGCGACGGCUGCCUCAGUUCUAGGCUUUCUCUGCCAGUCCGGUCGCCGUCGCCCCGAAAACGUCUCCAUCUUAAGUUCCCUAUUACACAAUUCUAUACUUUGUUUGAACAAACUAUAAGUAUUAUCGAAAGCUUUGAUUUAGCCCUGCUUAAAUCUUUACAUUACCGAGGUUUAGAGUUAUUCCACAGGCCACCCAAGCUCAACUUAAAAGACGUAGAAUAGUGAGUCUACUCCUGGCAGUUUUUUGCUAUCAGUGUUGUGUUACAGAAAGAGAGAAAUAAUGUUUUUGAAAGAAACGCGACUGUUUAGGUUUAAAGCAUGAAAUUACCACAUUUUCUUGACUCAAGUCAGCUGAAAGAACCUUAUCACAAGUUGAAAUUUGUCGAUGUCUCUAUUACUGUUAUUAGUUAACUUACGCUACAGGACGGGAGAGGAAAGAAGAUGGAAAACAUCGUGUGACAAGCGUGACAAAAACAAUUUACCUCAAACCUCCUCCUCCUUUUAAGGUGGCUCCGUCAUUGAUACUGGAGCAUUUAGCUGUGACACAUUUUCCGCGAUAACUUUUUCGUUUUUAACGCGAUGGCUGCGAAACUUUGCAAAGAACAACAAAUAUCAUUCGGCAAUAGUACGAAAUAUUCCGAUUUCAUUGGUGGUAAAUGUUUCUUGAGAAAUGAGCGCUUACAGGGACCUUACUGUUCAAAGAAAAUCGCGUCUAGUAAAAAAUUUUGCUGAUACUUUUUACUGACAUUUCUGGUAUCGGCUUUUAUUGAUACUGUAAUAAAUAUGCCGGAGAAAUUUCAAAAAAAUCGUUAGAGCAGAAGUCCAUAACUAAACGUCGCUCAAAGUCAUCUGUGAAAAUUGCUUUGGAAUUUCAAAAAUAAAUUACUAUUAGGUAGAAGGAGCCACCAGUUCGAAUUUUCGGGACAAGUAAAUUCAGUGUUUGCUUAUUCUUAAAACAAAAGCUGAUUGCCUAUCAUGCUAUUCUUUAAAAGGUACUUUUAAAAAAAACACAGUAAGGUAGGGAAAGGAGACAUAUACGUUGCACUUCGCUUUGGCCAGGAGCUCAUCAAAUGGAGCUCCAUCUCCCAUACAAGCCCUUGGAGUCAACCCUUUCCCGAGUAGAUUUAUAAUUAGAACGGUUCCCAGGGGAGACUUCGCGCGCCGACGGUGGGAAGCGCCAAUCACAACGACGAAAUGACACUGCUAUUGUACUUCAUCAAACAGCAGGAAAUUCGGUGUUGACAGGCCAAACACAAUCAUAAGCUAGUGAUGGGCUCCUGCAUUUGAUGACUUUCGCGAUCCCCCCUCCCCCAUUGUCUUCAUUUUCCAAGCAAAUUUGAGUUGUCCACCAUAUGAAUCCUUCCAACGUUUUCAGCGAUCCCCCCUUUGGGGUUCUCAGAUACGACUGAUCCCCCUUUUUGUUCUCCUAAAAAUCAAGUGAUCUCCCAAAAUCCUACGCCCCCCUCCCCCCUCUCCAGGCGAUAAAUGAUGACCGUUCCCUUAACAGGGUUACUCCCAACUGGCUAGAUACAAACCAGCUGCCUAUUUAUAAGUGUGGCCGAGGAUUUGAACCCUGGACUAUCGCGAACAAAUCCAGCUGGCGGUCACGGCGGGACUUGAACUUGGGGUCUCCAAAUUCCAAGUCCAGAGCUCUAAUGGCUCAAUCACGCUGCCUCCUGUCGUUGAUUCUCUGGGAAACUGCCCACCUACCCCUCCCCUAAGCCAACAUGAACACUUACUUCUCACUUAGGGCAAAAUGUUGGCUCAGGGGAGGGGUGGGUGGGCAGUUUCUUAGAAGCGUGUAAUGAUCCGAUGUUGUUGCUGUUAGUGACCUUUAAUUCGAGGACAGGAACAACUACGACUACAGGGACGAGAGUAAAAGGGUGAAAUAAGGGGAAAAAGAACAGAAAUCAUGGAUAUACACAUUGAUUUUUACUUUUCGAAUGAUAGGGUACGCUACGCAUACUUCCUCACGGACAACAUCAACCAUCACUGGCCCAGGUAAGGUAUAAAAGAAGCACGUUUGAAAUCUACGAAUGUCUGAUUCUUGUAAGAGGGAAACUCUCCCGAGCUUUUCGAAGCCAUAUCCUCAAAGCAAGAAAUGAUCACAGGGUCCCUUUCUUAAGUCGUACUCCGUCAGUAUCGUACUCAGUCGUACUUAUGCAGUUGUACGUCAGUCGUACUCAGUCGUAUCGUAUACGGAGAGUAAACAAAGCUAUGUAUAACGAUGCUGAGGAGUGUGUGUGUGUGUGUUUGUAAGGGGGGGGGUGUUAUCGUCGGAAACACACACACUCCUUUUUUCUAGGAUUCUGUUUCAUUAAAACAAAAUCUCUAAAAUUCAGUCUGCAUGUCAACACAAAUUCUUCGAUAUCCACACAAAUUCUGCAAUUCAAUGACUAGAAUCACACGUUUUGAAAGCGAAUUUUGUGUAUAAGAUAUGUACACACUUAAAACACAAAUUUGGCCCCAGAAACCAAAGAAACCCUGGCGAAAUCGCCUCUUAAAUCUGUUAAAGCAAUACUAGUAAAAACCCGAAUAUAAGAACCUAGUGAUUUAAGAACCUACAGGCUGAAAUGUGGCAUUUAAAUACCCAAAAAUAUGGGAACCCGUUUAGCCUGGCAAAGAAAUAUAGGUUCUUAUACAAAAAAAAUCACUCCAAUUUUGAUGGUCAAAAAUCUGGAUUUUAAUUGUGUGAGAAACUUCUGACAAAAAGCUAUUGUGUACAUGAUUUCUUUGAUUUACAUUUGUUUGGAUUUUUACUAGAAAUAUGUUUUCCAUAAACCAUGAUAUCUUAAUUUAUGCCAAUGGACCCAAUGGUUACACUACGACAACCUCUGAAAAAAAAGAACCAAUUAGGAAUGAACCUAAUCAGCCUGAAUUUUGUAAAGCUGUAAGAACCUGUUCAGCCUGACCUCGAAAAUUCUAGGUUCUUGUAUGCCGACUUAUGUUGUAUUUCAAUAUUGCAGUAGUCGUAUUUAACUAAUUUCUAACCCUUUUUUUGUUUUCAGGACAAGCGCUUAAACACAUUCCAUCUCAUGUGCUUAGCCAAGUUGUUGAGAGUCUCAACCUCCCCAGUCCACUAGGAAAUGACUGGAAGGGUGUUGCCGGAGAUAUGUUGUUACCAUACAAGACUGUGAUGAGCUUAGAUCAUCACAGCUCUGAAGGCAGAAUGCGUGGAAUACUCGAAAUUAUGUUCGAGAAAAAAUUUACAGCGGGCGACUUUGUAGAUCUUUUACAGAAAAUACAAAGACCUGAUGUUAUCGAAAUUUUCAUUGAAGCCGGAUUCCCAAGGAACAGUAUCCGUGAAAAAGAAAAUGGUGAGCAGUACUUUUAAGAAUUUGGACUGCAGUGAACCACAUAACGCACCCUACAACUGUUUGCUGUUUCUUCUUUUCAGAUUUCUUUGCGUUAUGAUGAACGUAAUAGGCAUUAUUUUUACGUAUAAAUAAAGCAACUGCAUUGGAAGCUUAGCACUAUGACCCUGUGGAAGUCCAGUUAUCCAAGUUGAAAUGUUGGCGUGAUCACUACAAAGUUGCGCCUAAGCUGUCACAGGAGUGUCUUUUCAUAACUUGCAGCUCUCUCCUCAAAAAAGGUUUACUGUCUUCUGAAUGCAAUGUAAACGAUGAUUUAGACAAGCUUUCAUUCAGUGUUUCAUCUCUUUUCAGAUGAAAAGGAUUCCCACAGCUCCUUACAAGAAGUAACUAUAACAACACCUCAAAUUAGUAGCCUUACUACAAGAAGUGUAUGCGCAAGAAACGACAAGUCAUGCGAUAACAAGAAGGCUAGUGGAGACAACAUCCAUGAAGAAUGCGAAAUAAGUAAUGGUGCAGUUUGUCAACAUUAUCCGUGAAGAAGUUGUCGAGACUCAAGCCAAGCAAUUCAACGGGAACAGACAUUUAAGCAGUGUCGUUGAAGAACAUAGUCCAGUAUAAUCUUGUAUUCAUUGAUAGCAUGGCUAGUUUUCUACUUAACUUGAAGAAAAAUUAAUUGUUAGAUUGAAGGAAUCAUUUGCGUUAUCUAUAUAAGAUUCCCAGAUCCUUGAACGUUUUUUCCAUUUCUUUAGUCCUAUCUUUUUUGUGUUGACUUGGCAACUUUGUAGUUAUUAAACCUUAUUUUAUACUUUGUUGUAUUUGACUCCCAUGACCAACUACAGAAACGCCAUUUCAGAGAGCUG